CGCUCGGUCACGUGGUUUGGUGAGGACUGGAACAGGCGGGUGCAAGAGGCGCCUAUUUCUCGGGUCCUGCUGCAGCGGAGAGAGUGAAGGAGGGGGCAAGAUGUCCGGCCGGGAAGGAGGCAAGAAGAAACCAUUGAAACAACCUAAAAAAUCAAACAAGGAAAUGGAUGAGGAUGAUCUUGCUUUCAAACAGAAGAAGAAGGAGGAGCAGAAAAAGCUUGAAGAGAUGAAAGCAAAAGCUGCAGGCAAAGGACCGCUUGUUUCUGGAGGUAUUAAGAAGUCAGGCAAGAAGUAACGGGGAACACUGGAAUGUCAAAUGUGCUGACAUUUGCAUCACUUGUAUAUCUCCAGAGGACGCAGGAUUAAUACACAUCUCUUUUUGUGAUCUUCUGUUUACGUUUCUGCCUUACCUGUAAAUUGUAUAUUUGUUUAAAAUGCCAAUAAAUUCUUUUUCCUGUUUUCUAA